UACGCGACGGUAACAAACCGGACACGCCUACUACCAGUGACGCUCUACAGGAUAUAGAAACGUUAUUUUUGUUUUUGCGCCGGGGAGCGAGAGAGCGAAGAGGUCGCUGGUAAUUUUAAAACGUUUUAUCAAACGCGGUUUAAACUAUUUAAUUUGAGUUAAACUGUGUUCUAGUGUCUUUGUUGUUCGUUUAUUACCUGCAUGGAGUAGCUGAGUCAAUUUUCUGUUUAAUUCUGAGCACAUUACAAGUCUGUAGGAUACUGAAAGAAAAAAGUUACUCCAUGCAAAGUUAUUAUUAUUAUUAUUAUUAUUAUUAUUAUUAUUAUUAUUAUUAUUAUUAUUAUAUUUCUUAGCAGACCUUAUCCAGGGCGACUUGCAAUCGUUUGCUGUUUUUGUUCUUUCUUUAUCAGAGCAAAAGGAGUUGCUGAUUAUAUGUGAAUGGGAAUUCCCCAGUAAGUGAAACCCAGUCUGAAACUGAAACCAGUGAAGAUGGACGUCAGUGUCUCCGUGUCGUUCUUUCAAGACGAGCUCGCCUCUACCAUCGAGCACGCAGUGAAAGCGGCUGUAGACACCGUCUUGUGCCAAAUCACAAAAGUUGUCGGCGGCAAAUUCACUGAAUUCCGAAUGGAAAUGGCUGGAAAGGAGAAAGAGAAUGAAAGUCUGAAGCUGAGAUUGGAAAUAUCAGAGAGCGAGUUGAAAGCAGUGCGGGAAUGCCUCAGUGCGGCGGGUGCAAACAUCAAACAAGCUCUCCUGAACAUAAAACCCGACUGUAAUGAACAAGACUUUCAGAGGAAUGAGAAUCAGGGACUAUUAACCAGAGUAAAAGAUCCUGAAGAGAGACCUGCUUCCAGUGACGAAGAGGAGGGGCCAGUGAUAGAAGCUGUUUACACACACGAGGAAAUCUCUGAUCAGGAGUGGUGUGUAACUCAAAUGGAGAUUACAAAGCUGACAUUUGUUGACAGUAAAGACCCUGAACUUGAACCUGUCCGCAUUAAAGAGGGCGUCCCAGAUCUGGAGUGUGUUCACAUCACAGAGGAAGUUUCUAAUAAAGAUGAAGUCAGUAUACUGGAGGGGAAUAUGGUGAAGCUGGGAUCUAGCCAUUGUGAUGAGUCCCCACCUGAACUCUCCUGCGUGAAACCCAAUCAGCCUGUCUCUGAAGACGCUGGUUCUAGUGUUGGAGAAGAUGGCACUGUGCUGGGGUCCAUUCAGAGGAAACAUCACCCCCCUCAGGAAAGAGCUGCAGAUGGAAAGGAGGAUGGAGCGAUGGCGUCCACGAGCAGCACAGCAUCUUCUACAGUAGAUGAAGGAGAACACGACUCCACUCCAUCACCCCACAGCAAAAACUCUUCCAGCGGCAACCUGCAGAGCAGGGAAGACAGAGAGAUGACCCAAGAAGAACACAUAAAGAAAUUGAGAACUUGCUCAGUUAAAAUUCAUUAUUUACAAGACAGACCACCAUUUACUCUGCAGAGUACAGAGACUGCACAUUCUGUGUGUGUGAACAACUCUGAAACCCGGGGCAACUUGAAGACCUUGCCUUGUUCUGCUAAAGCUAAAGCUGGGAAGAGUUCCUGUCAAUUAGGCUCUCCUAUAACUCACAAGGGAAGUCAAAGAGAAAGGGCUCCAUUUCCCUGUGAUGAUUGUGGGAAGAGUUUCAGUUGUGUGUCAGUCCUUAACAGACACAAACUGAUUCACACAGGAGAGAAGCCACAUCAGUGUAAUAAAUGCAAGAAGCGCUUCAAUUAUUCUGGAAAUCUUCAAAAACACCAGCAAAUUCACACAGGAGAGAAGCCAUACCAGUGUAAUGAAUGUGAGAUGCGCUUCAAUUAUUCUGCAAGUCUUAAAAGACACAAACUAAUUCACACAGGAGAGAAGCCAUAUCAGUGUAAUGAAUGCGAGAUGUGCUUCAGUGAUUUAAGAAAUCUCAAAAAACACCGGGGAAUUCACACAGGAGAGAAGCCAUAUCAGUGUAAUGAAUGCGAGAUGUGCUUCAGUGAUUUCAUGAAUCUUAAAAAACACAGGGGAAUUCACACAGGAGAGAAGCCAUAUCAGUGUAGUGAAUGCAAGAUGCAUUUCAAUUAUUAUGCAGGUCUUAAAAGACACAAACUAAUUCACACAGGAGAGAAGCCAUAUCAGUGCAAUGAAUGCAAGAAGUGCUUCAAUUAUUCUGGAAAUCUUAAAAGACACCAGAAAAUUCACACCGGGAAGAAACCACAUUACUGUACUGAUUGUAGAAGGAGCUUUACUGGAUUAAGAAGUCUUAAAAAACACAAACUAACUCACAAAGGAGAGAAACCGUACCACUGUAGUGAAUGUGGGAAAGGUUUCUUUCGAACAGACAGACUUAAUAAACACAGAGAAAUUCACACAGCAGUGAAACCCUGAACGCUGAAAGUUGGGAAAGUUUUGAUCUGACGAGACACACCUUAAAAACCAGGAAAUUCUCCUCAAGACAAAAACAUGAAUUUAACCACUAAACCUCUAUUGAUGGGGGCCCGUGCCAGGACUUCUAAUUGACUUUGUUUGACUGUAGGGGGGCAGGUCACAGAAAUAAUAAAAAGAAAUACACCCCGUAUUUAUAAAAAUAAAAUAAAAUAAAAACAUUUCCUGUCUGCAUCACCACAGUAACUAAAGCCUCUACUUGGAAACUGCCAGGGAACUGCUUGUAGACUGACAGAAACGUUGUGUUAAAACCAGAAGGGAAAGACUGUUGCAGCGCUACAAAGGCAGGACUGUGACUUGGCUUCUUCACGGCUAAACCCCUGGAGCAAGGUGUAAACGCUGGGCUUCUCUUUGCAUCCCUCCAGGCUGCUCCACGGAACAACGACCAUCGCAGGAUUGGUAUUCUUCUUACCUCUUCAUAAGAGUGCUUUAUUUCUCCAAAAGAGACUUUUGCACAUCCCUCCAAGUCAUAAAGGAAGGUAACUGAUGUAUUGAAUUUGCGGUGCAUGGCUUGGAAUUAUUAUGUUGUUUAAAUGCUUGUAAUGGUAUUUAUUGUCUAUAUACAGUAUGUAUCGGUGAUGCUGAAGUAUUGCUAAUAUCUAGUAGUAUUUAGCUUCUGAAUAAGCUUUCUCAUGUAGUCUAUUGUUAAACAGCACUGUCAAGCAUGUAGUGGAACCCAAGGCGUGAAAGAUAUUAUUGUUUUUAUUAUUUAUUUCUUCACAGAUGCCCUUAUCCAGGGCGACUUACAAUUGUUACAAAAUACCACACUACUGAAUAUCACAUUACAACAUACCACAUUACUGAAUAUCACAUUACAGAGUAUCAUAUUGCAGAUAAGAGCAGUUAUAAAGAACAAUAAAAUCAGUAGCAAAUAAGAUCAAAUUCAAAUAAGAGCAAAAUAAAGAAAACAGCAAAUAAUUAACAUUUGAGAGCGAGUUUGACUAAGAGAAUUUACCUUUUAUAGUAAAAUUAUUUGCUUCUAUGAGUAAAGUCCAGUAAGAGCAUGUAGUAAGAACGAUAUGGGCAGCAGUGUGGAGUAGUGGUUAGGGCUCUGGACUCUUGACUGGAGGGUCGUGGGUUCAAUCCCAGGUGGGGGACACUGCUGCUGUACCCUUGAGCAAGGUACUUUACCUAGAUCGCUCCAGUAAAAACCCAACUGCAUAAAUGGGUAAUUGUAUGUAAAAAUAAUGUGAUAUCUUGUAACAGUUGUAAGUCGCCCUGGAUAAGGGCAUCUGCUCAGAAAUAAAUAAUAAUAAUAAUAAUAAUAAUAAUAAUAACAUGGAUGAGAAUGAUUUCCAAUAAGAGCAAUUACAAAAAACAUGAAUACGGAUGCCUGUAACAGGAAAAUCAAAUAUAAGAUACAGGAAGUAGUUAUAAUGAAGAGCAGCAGUAGAAUACGGCGAGGUGCGGAGCAGAUCAGUGCAAGUACAAGCUGAUGCAAGUACAGGAACAACUGGGUGCCAUGUAGUCCAGUAUAGUGGAGUUGUAAGGGUUACAUUGUUAAAUUAUGUUUAAUAUGCUGCCUUUGGGCAAUGUUAUUCGUAGCUGUUGGGUUCAUUUUCAUUGUUAUGCUGAUGAUACACAGCUAUAUUUAUCACUCAAACAUUUGCAACAAAAAAUGUUUGAAAACUUGUGAUCUUCGACCCAAAUCUUUCUUUUGAGACACACAUCAGGAAUGUUACUAAAAUGUAUUUUUAUCUUUAAGAUACAUCGCCAAAUUGAGAAGUAUUCUUUCCCACUCAGAUACCGAGAGAUUGAUGCAUGCUUUCGUAUCUUCUAGAAUUGAUUAUUGCAAUGCCCUGUUAUCUGGUAUUCAUAGCCAUGUUAUAUCUCGACUGCAACUUACAGAAAAUGCUGCAGCUUGAGUUUUAACCGGGAUUAAGAGACGAGAUUGCAUUACUGCUGUGCUGGCAUCUCUGCACUGGCUUCCGGUCUGAUUCAGGAUAGAUUUUAAGGUGUUGCUUUUAACUUACAAGGCAUUAAAUGGCAUUGCACCAUCGUAUUUAAACAAUCUUUUAAUGUCAUAUAUUCAUAGAUGCCCUCUCAGAUCACAGAAUGCCAGGUUGCUUACAGUCCCACAAAUUACAAAAAAAACAAAACACACAGGUGGGAGAGCAUUCAGUUUCACUGCUUUUAAAAACACUUUUGUAAUGUAAUGUUUUUAUGCUAAACUGAAGUUCCUUUUAUUCUCUGCCUUUACUGUUUCAUGUCUUUUUUCUUUAGUUUUAUACUUCUCUUGCUUUCUUUUAGCAUUUGUCAGUGGUUUUUAUUCAUGUGAAGCACUUUGCAGCAAUUUUUUAUGUGAAAUGUGCUAUAUUAAAAAUAAAGAUUAGCUAUUAUUAUAA